UCCUGGCCGGGAGAGCAGGUGCGGGUGGUCCCAGCCAGCUCAGGUGACAGCCCUGUCCACACGCGCCUCAGCUCUGAUGUCUGCAGAGGCAGCUGCCUCCAUGUGUGACCUGGAGUUUGGGGGCAUCAAGGUGAAGGAGCCCAGCAAGGGGGGCAGGUGGCGUGAGGGCUGGUAUGAGCGAUUCCUGCAGCCCUGCCUGGUCGAACUGCUGGGCUCGGCCCUCUUCAUCUUCAUCGGCUGCCUGUCGGUCAUUGAGAACAGGCCGGACACUGGGCUGCUGCAGCCGGCACUGGCCCAUGGGCUGGCCCUGGGCCUCGUCAUUGCCACGCUGGGGAACAUCAGUGGCGGACACUUCAACCCUGCGGUGUCCCUGGCAGCCAUGCUGGUCGGAGGUCUCCACCUGACGAUGCUUCUUCCCUACUGGAUCUCCCAGCUGUGCGGGGGGCUGAUCGGGGCUGCCUUGGCCAAGGCAGUGAGUCCUGAGGAGAGGUUCUGGAAUGCGUCUGGGGCAGCCUUUGUGACGGUCCAGGAGCCGGGGCAGGUGGUAGGGGCAGUGCUGGCAGAGAUCAUCCUGACGACACUGCUGGUGCUGGCCGUGUGCAUGGGCGCCAUCAACAAGAAGACGCAGGGUCCUCUGGCCCCAUUCUCCAUCGGCUUCUCUGUCACCGUGGAUAUCCUGGCGGGCGGUGCUGUGUCUGGAGCCUGCAUGAAUCCCGCCCGAGCCUUUGGACCUGCUGUGGUGGCCAGCUACUGGGACUUCCACUGGAUCUACUGGCUGGGCCCGCUCCUGGCCAGCCUGGUUGUAGGAGGGCUCAUCAGGUUCUUUAUCGGAGAUGGGAAAACUCGCCUAAUUCUAAAGGGACAGUGAAGCUGAGAUGGUGGGAUUCCUGCUGCCCCAGGGGCCCUCAGUGGCCCCAUCCUGGACUGCAGACAAGACAGCUCUGCCUUUCCUGCUGGGGCAGAGCUCCCGAGGAGCAAGUGACCUGCGUCCCCUGACUUGGGCCUGGCCUCUCAGGUGGGCCAGGUUCUUCGACUUCCUUUGUGGUCGUCAGAGACCUCAGCCUGGGGAAUGUGUUGCCAGCGCCGCCCAGAAGGAGGUGGCAGCAGCACAGCA